AUGGAUAAUUAUAAUAAUAUAGAUAAUAAUAACAAUGAUAAUAAUAAUAAUAAUAUAGUGCAACAACAAACAAUAUCAACAACAACAGUAUCAUUAAACAAUAGUAUUGGGAUAAUAAAUAACUAUGCAAAUACAGUUGAUAAUAAUCUUUUAAAUAACAAUGUUAAUAAUAAUAAUAUCAUAUCAAAUUCUAUAUUAGAUAAUAAUAAUAAUGAUAAUAGUUUAAAUAGUAGUAGUAGUUGUGAGAAUAAUAUAUUGGAUGAUAUUGAAACGUUACAUCUUGAAUGUUUAGAGUAUAUUGAAUUGGCAUCACCUACCAAUAUCUAUAGUUAUAAUCAUUUGCAUUUCGAUGCUGAUCUCCUCUUGGUUGCAUCGAGAAACAGUCUAUUCUCAAUCUCUGCUCUCGAAGAUGAAAAAUCGCGUGGUCUACAAUGGAUAACGAAAGACUUGAUUACACCACCACAACUAUCUUCAUCAAUAUCACCAAGACUAUCAUCUUCACCUGGCAACAUAUCAUCACCACCCAAUGAAUAUAUACAGCAACAUCAACAACAACAACAAACAUAUCAGCAACAAACAUAUCAAAAUCAGCAACAAACAUUUCAACAAAACCAACAAAAUAAACAACCGCAACCUUUAUAUAAACAAAUGCAACAACCGCAACCACAGCAGCAACAACAGCAACAACAACAAACACAAGCACAACAACAACAAGGUCAACAACCAGGAAUGCCAUCUCAACAAAUGAUGAAGAGUCACCUUCAAAGGUUACCAUUGUCACAUAAAUCUAGAAUACCACCAUUACCAUCAAAGACACCAUCUGGUUCACUUCCAAUUUCACCUAUACAACAACAGCAGCAACAACAACAGCAACAAUCACAACAACAACAACAACUACAAUAUUUACCAACAACAUCAUCUACAAAUAGCCCAUAUCAAUUACAAUCUAGUAUGCUACCACAACCACCUCUUGGUUCAAGUAAAGAUCAAGCAGGUCAAGGAGGAAACCAAGCAGUUGGUAAUCAAAACAUAAGUACCAGUGGCGGUGUAAACUCAUCGAUCAUUGCUAAACAUCCACAACAACCACAGGAAGAUACUAUUGUAUCGAUCGAUUCACUUAAUGAAGGUGGUGAUCAGGCAACCAUUGCUAUAGCUAUUGUAUCGUCGCAAUCUGCAAGUGCCAAAGGUUAUCUAUCAUUCCAUACCUACAAGAGUCAAUGUCAAAAUAAAACAACAACGACAACAUCAUCAUCAUCAUCAACAACCAUCAACACACCUAGAAUUCAAACAAUUCAACUUGAUUUUAUACCAUUCAACAUCACUCAUACAACAGUCAACAACUCCUCAACCUCUAAAUCUGUAUUCCUACUUGCUGGAAGUGAUGAUCGUGUACAUCUAUAUAAAUUAAAUGAAUCAGGUCAAUAUGUAGAGGGUGAUACGAAUCAAUAUUUCCCUGAAUUAGUUAAUCUACAAUCAAAUGUAAUGAGAAUCAUUAUUAAAUAUCACUUAAACUAUAGAAUCAUAGUUGCUGGUUGUCAAAAUGGAUUUCUACAACUAUCGGUUACUGAUUUGGAAUCUUGUUAUUUCGAUGGACCUGUUCAAGCACUAUGUUUGUAUAUCGAUAGAGGACAUCUAGAGACAUCGAAUCAGAACUCUAGUUUGUCAAAAAUAAAGUCAUUCCAAUCGUCGCUACUCAAUGAUCUACUGUUACAGAUGAAGGAGGACAAUGGUGGUGAUCAGCAGUCUUUGACUGACAAGGAUGCACCGUUCAACCAUGUACAUCUGGCGGUAGGAAGUAUCAUUGGAUACGUCAUGGUCUACAGAGACAUACUCUCCAACGGUCUAUCCGAGUUCCAGCUACUCCAAGACUCUGAUACAUUCGACGGUGUCACCUGUCUCGAUUGUUUCGAUAUCGAUGGUGACGGAGAGAAUGAAAUACUGGUAGGAACCUACUCAAUGGAGUUGCUAGUUUACAAAUUGAAACCAUCGCCAGUGGUUCAUUCUACUAUCAAUAGUAACAGUAGCUAUUAUAAUAGUUAUCAUGGAUAUCAUACUUCACCUCCUACAACCACAUCGACAACAGCAACAGCCAACACUACUAUUCCAACAUCACCAAAAUCUAAUCAAUCAUCACCAACAACAGCUGCUAAUACAUUAACAUCACCAUCAUCUUCAACAUCAAGUCUACCAAGUCAACAAACAUAUCACCCAACCUACCAAUUGAUCUCACAUAAACACUUUUCUCAUCCAAUCCUAGGAAUACUAAAUUGUAAACUACUCAAAGAUGGACUUAAUCAAACCAUUAUUAUAUCAAUGUAUGGAAUAUAUAUUAUGAGAACACCAAUAUAUAAAUAUGAAAAAGAUGUAAAAGAUAAAUUAGAUUUGAUAAGUGAGAUUUUAGGUUUACAAAAAGAAUUGGCAUCAAUCAAAUAA